CCACAAUUCUGGCCGACGAUGGCAUCGGAAGCAGACGUUGCGGCAGUCCGCCGCGUGGCGAAAGAGGUCCCGAUGUGGAAGGGCGUGAUUGCCGCCAAUGGCGCGGACGACGUCGUGGUGACCAAGCUGCCCGUUGUAUCGGCCAACAAGAUCCUCGUCGCCGACUUGCACGGCACCAAAGUGCUCGUCAAGUUCCCGAUGGAGAACGUCUUCAGCAUGGUCUUUGAUCUUCACGAGCAAAAGAUUGUAAACGACAUGGUGAGCUCGUACCGCGGCGACCUGGGGCUGAACCCGCGCGUUCUCCACAUCAACGACGUGUGCCGUGUCGACGAGUUCGUUGACUGCCGCACCCUCUCGCCGGCCGACUUCGAAGACCGCACCACGAUGAAGCGCCUGGCCGGCGAGCUCGCGACCCUCCACUGCGACGUGCGGCUUAAAGACCGGUACAUUGCGCUGAAGCAAGGCAAAGCAUACACGAUCGCGGAUCGGCUGCUGGGCAUGCACGAAACGUUCAAGGUCAACUUUCCGAUCCGAAAGACGCGAGUGGCGUCCCACGUGCCCGAAUCGCACCAAGCGCUUGCGGCGACGGUGAAUGCGGCCAUGGAAGUGCUGGCGGACACCGCGUUCUUUACGCACGUGCUCGCCAAGUGCUUCCCCGCAUCGUCCGACCUCGUGUUCUCGCACAACGAUCUCAGCGCCAACAACGUGCUUUUAGUCGGUGAUUGCGUGCACAUCAUCGAUUUCGACGGGUCCAACUUGAGCUACCGCGGCGCGGACAUCGGGUACAUGAUCAAGAACCGGGACAUGCAAGGAUCGCCGUGGCCCCAGGACCACGUGGACCUGUUUAUUCAGAGCUACAUCGACGCGUGCGCGACGCACGGUGUCAUCGUGGCGCACGACGACUUGCUGGCGCAGGUCGAACGGGGCAAAGUCCUCUCGGUCCUGUUCCUCAUGACGAUGUUUGGCGCCAGCGACAACUGGGACGUGUUUCACCAGACCGGGUUCACCUUCAUGGCGACGUUUCCCGCUCUCAUGCACACGAUCGUCGACUUUGCAAGUCGGACCGAGAGUACGUAGGAUCGUGGUAAAUGUGCCCGAGGGCGGGUGUCGACGGCCUCCGUCGAGUACACGGCCAAGUACUCUCGAUACCGUUGGGAAAUGCCAUUCGCGACGGCACGAUAUCGUUCUCGCCGCGACUAAACACAACAUGCGACGACGGGAUCGGGGCGGCGCA